UUUCCAAUCCGGUUCCAGGGGGUUCAUGUCGUCGUCUGAAUCGAAUCCGCAGCCAGCCAAGCGCACUGCGAUCGUCUCGCCAGUGACCAUCGACGCGUUCGCCGUGAUGGACGCCGCCAAGGCCAAGGCAGAAGCAGAAGCAAAAGCGUUGUCGCAGCAUUCACACGAGACUGCUGCCGAUGCUGAUGCUGCUGUGGGUCAUGAUGAUGAUGACGACGACGAGCAGGAGGUCGAGGACAAGGACGACGGCUCGCCUGCUGCCAGCGACGCGCCAGACUGGGUCGACUUCCCGGAAGACGUCACAGAGAUCGAGGCCAUCCAUGCACGCAUUCGCAAGAUGGAGCAGCUGGAGCGCUUCACCAGCCUCGAGAGCCUCGUUCUCAAGCAAAACUUGAUUCGCCGCAUCGAGUGCAUUGACACUUUGACCAACUUGACAGAGCUCGAUCUCUACGACAACCAGAUUGACACCAUCGAGGGCAUUUCUACGUUGACCAAUCUGACGAUCUUGGACCUCUCGUUCAACAACAUCAAGGUCAUCCAGGGCCUCGAACCUCUCGUCAACCUCACCAAGCUCUUCUUGUCUCAAAACCGAAUCAAGGUCAUUGAAGGACUGUCAACGCUCACCAAGCUCACCAUGCUCGAACUGGGCGCCAACAACAUUCGAGAAAUUCAAGGAUUGGACACUCUUGUCGAAAUUCGGGAACUCUAUCUCGGCAAGAACAAGAUCACUGCCAUCAAGAAUCUUGGUCAUCUUCAGCAUCUCGAGAGCUUGAGCUUGCAGAGCAAUCGAAUUGUCACGAUUGAAAACCUCGACAACCUGCCACAGUUGGAGCAGCUGUACCUGAGUCACAAUGGCAUUCAAGAAAUUUCUGGAUUGGAUGCCAACACCCAGUUGAGUAUUUUGGACGUCGGUUCCAACCGCAUUUCCCGCCUUGCCAACGUGGGGCAUCUGGUCAGCCUUGAAGACUUCUGGCUCAACAACAACCGCUUGGAAAAUUGGGCAGACGUCGACCUUCUGCGCACAUGCCCGCGACUUGGCACGGUGUACUUUGAAGGCAAUCCGAUCGCCAAAGACAGCGCCUAUCGUCGAAAGGUCAAGCUCGCUCUGCCUACCGUCUUCCAGGUUGACGCCACUCCGAUUCGUCAAAACUGAGUUGUGCGGAAGUGCAAUAAACCACCACGAAUGACAUCUGGAAUACACAUCGAAAAAUCGUCUCUAUUAAACUCGCGCCAUCUACACCAAAUAUCGCGGCGCUUCUGGUUGAGCGUUGCCAACAGUUGCCUGUCGAAUCAAUGCCUUGAAAUACAGCGGGCUUCGCUUGGUGCGAGCAUCCCCG